AUGCCGUCCCACGAACGGGACGCUUCUUCCCGCGAUCGGGAACUGGUCCGGCAUCCAGGCAUCCAUACCGAGUCCAGCCGACUUUCUAUUCCAAUGUGGGACAGCUCUGAUCCCGAGCGGGCGCCUCCCCCACUGCCAUUGAACCCUCGCUCCAUGAGCCCUGCGACCAGAUCCAAUGUGUCGCCUGGUAUCCAAGCUGUUGCGGCCAAGUUCGCCGACAAGUCAAGCGAUACCGCUCCUAGCAACUACACAAUCAACCCGAUGCCCAACAAAUCUUCCUCCCCGGAGCGAUCGCUUGUAAAAGGCCAUUAUCACAAGCGCAUGCAGUCGCUACAGCCUGCAGACACAAAGGGCGAUGCUCGUUCAGAGUUCCUAAAUUACCUCGAGAGCCGGUCUCCUGAGCGACCUCUUCGUGCUACCAUUGUCGACCCCACGAUCAAGUCGCAAGAUACGACCAAGAUCCCCUCCGAUCCGUCCAGACCAAAGACCGCAGACCGAGAACUUCCUAGCUUCUUGUCCAGCCGCUACCUCUCAAAACCAAUCCUUGGAGAAAGUACUCCUACCUCUGCAACCAUGCUGGCCAUUCAGAACAUGCAGCUUCCCCCCGAAUCCGACCCUCCGUCACCCUCGAAACCUCCCAAGAUGAUCGCCGACCGCCCCGCUGCAGAGCCUCAAGGCCACACAAUGGACACGCUUGCAACGCAAAUCCAUAGCCUGACUGACAUUGCUAGCAAUCUGCAGCGCGAGAUGGCCAAUUUGAGCCGACGAAGCAAAGACAAUGCCACCGAUCUUAUUAGUCUGAAAGCGGCAACCAAUGCGCGCGACGAAGAUAUUCGGAAGAGUUUGAAGGAUCUCUCGUCUAACUUGACGAGUAAAUUGUUGGAUGGUGAUCUUACAAGGUUAGAUCUCAGUGCUCUACUGAAGCCUGGAGACGGCCCUAACCCUAGUGAACCGGAUAGUUCUCCCAACUCCAAGAGAAGCUACUCUGUCCCUCGCAUGCCGAGCCCCAAUCCUUUUGCCUUCGAUCGUGACCUGUGUGGAUCGCCCGCGCCCAUUUCCGAUGGUUCAGCCAGUAUCGCUUUGCUCGAAAAGGUACUACGCGAGAUGGCUACAAAGGAAGGUGAGGAACGGCUAUUGGAAUUGGUCGAUGAAAUUAAAUCCCGUCCAGCUGCAACCGCCUCCGGCAAGGAUGCCGAUACCAAGAUCACCAAAAUGCUUGAGGAAAUACUCAACCUCGUCAAGCAAGACCCCUCCAGCAAUGCCUUAGUGCGCUCGUUGAAAUCUCGCGAACCAUCUCAACCCAAUGACCCCAACGCCGAGUCUGCACGAUCCGCAUCAGUGGGCUCCAUUAUGGGCCCGACAGCCACCGUACGCGCCCUCGAUGUGCCGAAAGGCGACAGGACCCUCGCCGGGAGCGAGAACAUGUUGCCUCUUCUCCAAAGCGUUAAGAACAGUGUCAUGGAGAGCGGUGGUAUGACCAAUAGCGUCAAGGCUCUGGUCCGAGAGUUACGAGGAGAGGUUCUGGGUAUGGGUCGCGACAUAGCCCGCAAGCUGGAAGCUAUCGAGUCGAGCCGAGAAAACGAGGAGCCGCAAGAGCAGCCCCAACAUGCGACUCCCCAGGAGAUUGCCGCCGUGGUGAACGACAGUCUUCACGACCUUCGAGACCAACUGGCCGCCACGAUCAACGAAAGCCGACAGCAAUCCUCUGACUUGGCUCAGAUUCGGGCGGCUAUGAAUAGUGCGGAAAUCUAUGCUGCAGUGAAGAAAGCCCUCGAUGAGUUCGAGAUCCCCCAGCCCGAACCUGCCGAGCCUCAUGGCCCAAUUAUGGAAAAGGAGGACAUUUUGGAAACUGUUCGCGAGGCAUGGGAGACCUACAAACCGGAGAUCGAACUGCAGAACUUUGGUCUGGAGCGUGAUGAAAUUCUCGACUGUCUGUCAGAAGGUCUCAAGGACUACCAACCAAAGCACCAGCAAUCCCUCACGUACGAGGAGGUUCUGGCUGCUGUCCAGACUGGCCUACAAAACUAUGUUCCUCCUCCAGUCGAGCACCCGCCUACAAUUACUAGAGAUGAGAUCAUUCUCACUAUCCGCGAGUGCCUCGAAAAGCCGGAACCCACGUCGAGAUCUUUGGACGAUGAACAUGUUCAGCAUCUCCACUCCAUGCGUGAAGAGCUACUUCAUGCAAUUGCCGAACGUGCUGUUCCCGAGCCAUCAAGAGGUCUGGAUGAGGAAGAUAUCCAGCAUCUUCACUCUAUGCGUGAGGAGAUCCUCCAUGCAAUCUCAGAGCGUGCGGCUCCCGAGGUCUCGAGAGGCCUGGACGAGGAGGAUAUUCAGCACCUCCACUCCAUGCGUGAAGAGAUCCUUCAUGCAAUUGCAGAGCGUCCAGCCCACGACACUGCUUCAAGAGGCUUGGAUGAGGAGCACAUUCACCAUCUUCACUCCAUCCGUGAUGAAAUCCUUCACGCUAUUGCAGAGCGCGCCGCUCCCGAUCAGUCUUCGCGAAGCCUGAAUGAGGAGCAUGUCCAUCAUCUCAAUGAAAUUCGGGACGAGAUUCUCAAUGCUCUUACCGGCUCCAUGGCUACACAAAGUAUGCUCAGCAGGGAGUCCUACGACUCUGGGCUUGGCCGUGAUGAGAUUGUCAGCGCUGUUUCCGAUGGUCUGGAGGCGCACUUUACCACUGCUAAGGACAUGCAAGAGCCACAUAUCUCCCGGGCGGACGUUGUGAAUGCUGUCAAUGAUGCGUUCAGCGCGCAGCAUACUGCUCUAACUAUCGGCAACAACGAUUCCCCCAUCUCCCGUGAAGAAAUCAUGGCAGCAAUCGCCGACGGCAUCGAGAUGUCACAGAAGCCCCAGGAGCCCAGCAUCUCACGUGAAGAGAUCAUGGCCGCCAUUGCUGACGGUAUUGAAUUGUCGCAAAAGCCCGAGGAGUCGGCUCUCAUCCCCAGUGUCCAACCUUCUCUCUCCCGCGAGGAAAUUGUCGAGGCUGUCUCAGAGGCGCUCGAGAAGUCCCAAGAGGCGCAGAAGUCCGCCCUCAGCACCGAUGUACAGCAGCCAAGUAUCACCCGCGAGGAAUUGUUCGCCGCUGUGGUUGAUGGCAUCGAAAGCUCCAACACUAUGACUCGUGAGAUCGAGCUGAACAAGGAUGAUCUCAUGGAGGCUAUCAGCGCUGGUCUCCAAGACGCAAGCAGUGCUGCCAAUUUGAAUGUUGGCGACCAAGUGAUGGGGCGCCUUCAGGAGGUCGUUGAUGGCAUGAAGGAGGAAUUCAAGCAGUACUCCGCAGCCAAUGGCAGGGACACCGAACAGGUCCUUGAUGCGAUUAAGGAUGGGCUCGAGGUUGUCCGACGAGAGAUUGAGUCCUAUGUGGCCACGGCGUCUGAAGUUUCAGGAAAACACGAUAUCAUCGACACUGUCAAGGAAGGGUUCCGCCUGCUCCAGGCUGACAUGGAGAAGACCAUCAAUGAUGCCUCUCUGAGUAAUGCUGUCCGUGCAGCACCUGAUACUUCUGAACUUCUGGAUGCCUUGGAGAAGGAGUUUGAGCAUCUCCGCGGAACUAUCGGCACUCUUCUUGUCAAGGAGAAUGCCGCCAGUGACAAGGAUGAGAUACUCGAUGCCAUCCGGGAUGUUUCCGAGCAGCAAAAGACCAAGGGUGGAGACGAGGAAGUUCUUAACACCAUUCGAGCCGAGUUUGAGAAUAUGCGUGAGCGCAUGGAUAUGACCAUGAGCGUUAUUCGUGCCGAGCCUGGAUCGGACAAGGAUGAGAUCAUCGCCGCUCUUCGUGAGCACUUCGAUAACCUCCGCGAGGAAACCUUGUCCAAGAAAGAUGGCGCUGAAAGCACAUUCUCCGCUACCAGCGAGCUGCUCGACGCAUUCCAUGAUAAUAUGGAUGCCAUCCGUGACGAUCUCAAGAAGCUCAUGGAUAAACCAACUGACUUUGACACCUCUGAGAUUCUGGACACCAUCAAGGAUGGCCUGGCCGACCUAAAGCUUGACAUUGAUUCCAUUCGCCAGUCUCAAAAGGACAUUGAUGAUGCCGAGACCACUCGGGGUGGUGAGCUCAUGCUUGCCAAGGAGGCUGCCUUUGGAAACGAUAUUGACAGUCUGAAGUCUCUUAUCACCGAACUUCAGAGCAAGGUUGAAUCCAUCGACUCUACCCCCCGUGCUGCCGAGCCAGCCGAAGACGCCCUCAAGCGCAGUGAUCUCGAUGAAGUUUUGAUGGCCGUCCAGGAGAUUCAAGUUGCCAUGGGGGCUCUCGGUGACAUGGGUGCCAGCCAGGAGUUGCACGAGUCUGCAGCCCGCAAGGAGGAUACCGAUGCCAUCCAGGAAAUUCUCAUGAGCACCAAGGCCCAGAUUGACGACAUUGUCUUCCCUUCUCCGGAUGAGAUCGCCACCUCGCAGCAUAUCUCUACCCUCGAGACAAUGAUUGGGGAGGCCAAAGAGAGUAUCGCCAAUCUAUCUAGCCGCUUUGAAGCCGAUGCCCCUACCAAGGCCGAUAUUGGUGCCCUGGAAGGCCUGAUCAAGGAUGUCUUUAUGGCUCUCGAGGAAUUGAAGACCAAGACCAAGGAAGCCGAGGAUGCGGACGAGGAGGCUGAUACUGAUAAGCUUAUGAAGUCCGACCUCCAGACCGUGGAAGCCAUGAUCUUCGAAGUCAAGACUCAGGUUGAUGAACUCAAGUUACCUGACGUGGAGACCCUUCCCACCAAGGAGGAGAUCCAGGAGCUGUCAGCCCUCGUUACCGACUUCCGCGAGAAAAUGGAAGCCAAUAACGAGAUGACUGCUCAAGGCUUCGAGGCUCGCAAGGUCGAGCAUGGUGGUCUUGCUGAGAAGAUCGAGGAAGCCAAGUUUGUCGUUGGUGAACUCGGUGACGAGCUUAAGAGCAAGCUGGAUGGCAGUGCGGAGGGGCUUACUGAGCUCAAGACGCUCCUUGAGGGCCUGGCAAUCACUGCCGAGAACUUCAGCACUGUCGAAAGCAUCAAGGAGCUGACUGAUCUCAUCAACCGAGAGUUCGAGCGCGCUCGUGGCGAAGAAGAUGCUAGCAGGCUCGACAAGGAGGAGCGCGACGCAGCCACUAUGGUCAAGCAUGACGAGACGCGGGCUGCCAUCAUCGUUGAGCUUGGUGCCAAGAUUGACGAGAAGAUCGCAGAGGUCAUGGCGAAGUAUGACGAUGCCCACACUUCUCUUCAUUCCAAGUUCUCGGAGUGUGAGGAGCGUGACAUGGCGCACACUGAAGCAGUUACCAGCACCAAGGGUCUAGCGGAGGAAAUCAAGCUUGUCAUUGGUGAGAUGGGCACAAGUGUCAAUGAGACAUGCGAGCGCAUCGGUGUUGACACCAAGGCUCUCUUCGAGAAAGUUGAUGAAUCCUACAACCGGAUGGAAGAGAUGCAGAAUGAAGUCAAGACACAGCAAGAGCAGUCUCGAGGCGAGACCGAGCGUGCUGCUGCUGCUACUGAACGCGUCGAGAGCAAGCUUCUCGAGUUCCACCCGCAGAUUCUGGAGACCGUUCAACAGAUACUAGAAGUUGUCAAUCAGCACUACGACCACUCUCAGAAGUCCAGUGAGGAGGUCAAGUCGGAGCUCUCUGCCCUGCCAAGUACCAUUCCGACUAUGCUGCCUGCCUUGCCUCCUCCAGAGUCGUCUCGGGGCCUCGAUGAUGAUCUUGUUCACAACAAGCUCAACGACCUUCUUGAGCAUGCUAAGAACAAUCAAGUACAGGAGGUCAUCACUACGCUUUUGGAUCAUUCGAAGAACGACCAACUUCACGCUAAGCUUGAUCGUCUCCUAGACCGAGGCUCCGGCAACGAGGAAAUUUACGAGAAGCUCAACCAAAUCUUCGACCACGCCGCUAGUGGCAGCAACUCUGUUCACGAGAAACUGGAUGCUCUCCUUGAGCGUCCUGCUCCAUCGGAUUCCGAGCACUCUGUUACCCAGAUGAUGAAGCUUGACGAGAUGCAUAAGGACAUCAUGGAGAAUGCCCGCCGGAUGAACGAGAUGUUUGCCGCUCAGUCUGUGAUAGUUGCGGAGGACACUGAGCGCAAGCGUCGCGAAGCAGAGGAUGCCGCAAUUGCAUUGGAGCGUCGUGUCGCCCAGCGUGAGCAGGUGGAAGCCGAGAUUGUUGGACUACACGAGGAGAAGGACUCGCUCCUGAAGAUGCUUCACACUCUGAAGGCCGAGAAGGACGAACUUGCCAAGCAGAAUACGAAGCUCAGCAAGGAGGUCUCUGGUCUCGAGACUGCUCUGGAAAUUCGCCAUGAGGAGAUGCAACAGAUGGAGGAGCGUGCCGACGGCCUGGAGAAGCGCAUCUUGGAGGGCGUCCUCGAUCAUGCCCGCUCUGUAUUGCUCAGUCGGUCUGGCAGCGUCCAUGGCAUGAGCCUGAAACGCAACCGCAGUACACGAUCUUCCCGUGCUCGCGCCCGCAGCCCCCGGAGCCCCAGUGUGAUGAGCGCUGCGAGCACCGCCCGCGAUUCCAAGGACGCCCGCAGUCUUCUUGGCAAUGGAGUUGGCAUGGCUUUGAAGCGCCGAACGCCCGCCAGCCUUCAAGCUGGAGCCGCUCCAAUCCAGCCAAACAUUGGCAAGGAGCGUCGCAUUCUCAGCUUGAGCCAUGUUACAGGUAAUCGGGGUGUCGAUCGCCAGGUCAGCGCCAACAGUGGGAUUACCAGCUUGAAGCGCAGCCACUCCGUCAAGUCCAACUUUGCGCUCCGCAAGACUUCUCUACCAGUCCGAACCUCUAUAGCCAACAAAGAGAAUGAGGCUUUCCACGAGGAGGAUGAGCCUGAGAGCGAGGUAGAGAGCCACGCUGGGACUGAGCGCCGGUCGAGCUACGCACCGACAGAUCGCAAGACCUCCUACGCUGAAACUUGCACCGACAGCAUGUGCAGUGGUGUCACUGAGAGCGUGGCUUCAACAGAUCGACGCACCAGUGGCAUGAGUAUCGGCACCGUUGACGCGAGCACGGUCGAUGGGCAUGAGUACGUUGCCGCCAGCUCCAUCGCUGAUGAUGACCGGAGCUAUGUAUCUGGCGACCAGUCCGGGUCAGAUGAUGAUGACGCCAGGACUGCCCGGGAGGACGACGAUGAAAAUGACGAGGAGGAGGCUAAAGAUACAGAGACGGAGGAUGAAUACGAGGCACAAGAUUCGACCGACCGACCAAAUUCUGACACCGCUUCUUCUGUGGAGGCUGAAGUCAUGAAGAUGCUAGAACCUGCUCAUGACAGUGCACUUGGUACUGAGUCGGCUGUUAGUGCUGCUUGA